AUGCCGGCCGACUACGGCCACGUCGUCCACCGCGGCGCCGAGGGCGAGACCACGGAGUGGUACGACAUCCACGCGCGGCUCGGGAACGCGCCGCCGCGCGCUCCGCCGCGCGCCCCGCCCGCGCCGUUCGCGCCGCGCGCGGAGGAGGAGGACGAGGCGCGCGAGAUCGCGGCCGCGCCGUCGCGAUCGGUCGCGACCGCGCGCGUGGACGCGCUCGGCGCGGACGCGCUCGAGGAGAUGGAGGACGACGACGCGUUCGCGGACGACGCGUUCCUGGAGACGUACAGGCGCGAGCGACUCGCGGAGCUCAAAGCCUCCGCGUCCGUCCCGCGCUUCGGCGCCGUCCGCGACAUCGCUCGAGACGCGUUCCUGUCGGAGGUCACCGACGCGUCGUCGUCGCACCACGUCGUCGUCCUCAUGUACCGCCCCGGCGGGCACUGCGUCCAGAGCGAAGCGCUCGCGACGGCGAUGGACGAGCUCGCCGCGAAGCACCCGCGGACCAAAUUCGUGAAGAUCCCGGGGCGCGAGUGCGUGCCCGGGUAUCCGGAUAAAAACCUGCCGACGACGUUGGUGUACCGCGACCGGGACGUGGUCGGGUCGUUCGUCGGCGUCGACGGGUUCGGCGGACCGCGGUUCACCCCGGAGGUGCGCGAUGAGUUCGUUCGUUUACGCCUGACUAAUCCCCAUACGACCGCGUUGGCGCGGUGGACUUCAUUUCUUAAGGACUUCGACGACUGA